GACAGUACAUGGGAACCAGUUUGAUAACGGGUUCUGUUGACAGUUGUUUCAGACACAAAGGGAUUGAGAAGCAGGGAUUUUAUACCAGCGCACCUCUACAAGCUCCAGGUAAAGACAUGGCAUAUCGAAAGGUGACAGCAGAUCACUCCAUGCCACUGCACUCUCGGGACCUUGAGAACGAAGACCUUCCGGCCACAGCACUAGAAUUGGAAUGGGACAUGGAGAAAGAACUGGAGGAGCCCCAUUUUGAUCAGUUCCAGCUUGACAACAUUGACCAUCACCAUUUGGGCAAUUCUACUCAAAGCACAGACCUCGACAUGGAACCCAUCCAGGUUUCAGUUUCUCCUCAGGGGAGAUUUGAGCGUCUUCAGGAGGAUCCAGACUAUCUGUCACAUUACACAAGGCAGGCACCAAAGAGCAACCGUACAAACUGGCUUAAAGUAGCCAAAUAUUUUUGUGUGGGCAGCUGUCUAUUUAUUUCUGGACUUUUAAUCAGUUAUUAUGUAAGAAAAACUUGUCGUUCUGACAUCUUCCCAAAUAAUGAAGCAACACAAGGACCUCCUUCCACAUCGAGUGAUCUCUACCAAAAUGUUAUUCAGAAAAUCAGAGCUAAAAAUAUUGAAAUACAUUUCAGAGAUUUCAAACAGCUGUCUGAUAAAGAAGAAGACACGUCCAUAGCAAGAUCACUCGCAGAGCGCUGGACUGAACUGGGAUUAACAGACGUCCACUUAGUUAAUUACACUGUUCUUCUCAGCUUGCCUGGUUCCACCCCAAACACCAUCACUGACAAAGACAGAGGCCUGUGCUUUCUUCCAAAUGGAAAACCGUGUGAUGCUGAUACUAAACAUGACCACAUUGACCAGCUGUACUCUUAUGCUGCCUACUCUGCAAAGGGAGUUUUGGAGGCAGAAGUGAUUGAUGUGCAGUAUGGAACACUGGAUGACUUGAUUCAAGCUCAUGCAGCUACAAAUGUUGCCAAUAAAAUUGCACUAUUGAAACUAGGGCACGUACCUUUACUUUAUAAGCUUUCUUUGCUGGCAGAGGCAGGUUUUGGAGGUGUCCUUCCAUACGUUGACCCCUGUGACCAACCAAAUGAUAAACACUUCUUGGAGAAAGCAUUUGGCAUUACUCUUAAUACAGGAGGAGAUCCUUCCACCCCAGGAUAUCCUGGCAUUGAUGGAGUUUAUCACGAAAACCAACUGAACCUCACAACUUUGCUGGUUCAACCAAUCUCGGCCUCUCUUGCCAAACAGCUUCUAUCUGCUCCUGGGACAGGUGCUGAUGUCAGGUGUAUUCCGCUUGCAAUGCCAGUAACCUCAGCGAAAAGGACUAUAACACUGCAUAUCAAGUCAAACACAAAAUACAGGACCAUACACAAUGUAAUUGGAUACCUGAAAGGGAUUACGAACCCAGACCGAUAUGUCCUUGUAGGUAGCCAUCACGACAGCUGGUAUGACAAGAAUGGAGGAGAAUGGAUUAGUGGUGCAGCCAUCAAUACUGAGCUUAUUGGGUCCUUGGUCACUCAAGUAAGAAAUGGUUGGCAGCCAGACCGUACCACUGUUUUCUGUUCAUGGGGAGGAUCAGCCUUUGGCAAUAUUGGAUCAUAUGAAUGGACAGAGGAAAUGAGAGAGGUAUUGGAGAGUAAUGCAGUGGCUUAUGUUAGUCUUUACAAUCCAGUCAGGGGUAAUGGAAGUCUUCAUGCUAUAGCUUCCCCUUCUCUUCAACAGCUGGCAGCAGAGGCUAUUAACAAGAGACUGUCUUUAAAUUGCACAAGACGAGGGAAGUGCUCUCCACCUGACGUCAGCUCUGUGCAGACACAAGGCGAUGUCGACUUCUUUGCAAACCAACUAGGAAUUCCAACAAUAGAGUUUGCAUAUCAGGAGACAAAAACAGGAGAGAAACAGAGCUUUCUCUCAGAGGCCCUUUUUCCUGUCGAUUCAUCAGAGACCUUGGAUCCCUCCUUCAACGUGCAUGAGACUGUUGCUAAGCUAACAGGUGAAGCUCUUCUGCUGAUGGUCAAUGAGCCAGUUCUGCCCUUCAGUGCCCUAGAUGUGGUCCUGGAUGUUCAAAACAAACUCAGAGAUGACAAAUUUACUUCAGAUCAGCUGCUGGCGUUUGCUGGUACACUGAGGGAAACUGCACAACUCUUUCAGUCAGAUGAGAUGCGUCCAGCUAAUGAUCCAAAGGAAAGGGACACAAUGCAUGUGCGAAUGUUAAAUGAUGUUCUGCAGGACCUUGAGAAAAACUUUAUCAUUCCCCAAGCACCUCUGGGAUUUUACAGAAACAUUUUGUAUGCUUUGGAUGAGAGGACACCACAGUUUUCAAUAUUAAAAGAAGCUCAAGAUCGAGGGAAGCCGAACCAUCUCAACAAGACAGUAAACAUGGUGCUAAACUGCAUGAACUCAGCACAAAAGCACAUAGAGACAGGACUGGACCUCUUUGAAAACGUCCCCAAAAGGAAGAAUUGACAACCUGGGCUGUGUCUGAUCGGGAAGAAAGCAGAUACUGCCUACUGGGUAACAUGUGUCUUUGAUAGUUAAAGAUGCUGUAUCACCCCUGCAUGAACUAUACAAAUGUCAACAGGGCUAAUACAUUUACA